AUGUCAGACACCGUUGGAGACCACGAUGGUGAAAAGCCAAAGGGCGUAUUCUCCACGUUAAUGGCCGACGGGGACUGGCUGUACCUUAAAGGACAGUAUAAGAAGGCUAUAGACAGCUUCACGGACGCACUGGCUUUAAAGCCUGGUGACAAGUAUUGCCUUGUUGGCCGGUCCAAAUGUUACCUGAAGAUGGGGCAACCUGAAAACGCUUUAAAAGAUGCAGAGGCUUCUCUCAAAGAAGACAAUGCGUUUUUCGAGGGAUUGCACCAGAAGGCAGAAGCUCUGUACUACAUGGGAGAAUUUGAAUUUGCACUGGUGUUUUACCACAGAGGUCAAAAGCUACGUCCACAGAUACAGGAGUUCAGACUGGGUAUCCAAAAAGCACAGGAGGCCAUUGAAAACUCUGUUGGCAGCCCUUCCUCUGUAAAACUGGAGAUUAAGGGAGACUUAUCAUUCCUCCAGAAAGAUUUGGAGAGAGCACAGCCAAUUACUGCUAUUCAGCGUCUGGACAAGGAGAAAAAACAGCAGAACCAGAAGAUCCCUAAGAGUGAGAAGACAACCAAACAACUACUGGGAGAGUUUUACAGUGACAAGAAAUAUCUAGAAGACCUGCUGAAAGAUGAAGACUUGGUAAAAGGUAAGAUGAAAGGUGGCGAACCACUAAAGAACGUUAUUGAGAGCUGCCUGACGUACCUCGACACUUGCACCGAGUUCUGGAACCAGGAGAAACCCGUCUGUGCACAGGAAAGGGACCGUAAGCUCAUGCAACAAAAACGUAGUAAGCCCCGUUCCAGUGCACACUCUGAAUCUGCUCAGUUUCUGCUGAAGAGCCUGGAUGACAUUGAUGAAGAGUUGACAUCUGGAAACGCAGAGGAGAGUCUCAAGAAGGCAAAGGAAGUCAUGAAGACAGUACAGGGAUGGUCAGAGAAAGAGGUGCCUAAUAAAAAAGAGGUUUUGGGCAGCCUGCACAGUUGCAUUGGGAAUGCUUUGAUGGACCUGGGAGAUAUGGACAAAGCAUUAGACCAUCAUCAGAAAGACCUGGCUUUGGCUAAACAGUGCAAACUCCCAGAAGCAAUGUCCAGGGCGCUGGACAACAUUGGCAGAGUCUAUGCCCAAACUGGACAGUUCACACAAGCCAUUGAAUUCUGGGUAAAGAAGAUUCCCCUGGUCCGUGGUGCUUUGGAGAAGACCUGGCUGUUUCACGAGAUUGGUUGGUGUUACCUGGAGCUUGAUCGCCACAAGGAGGCCCGAGACUAUGGUGUCCGUUCACUUGCUGCAGCUGAUGAAAUUGCUGAUGAGAAAUGGCAGAUGAACGCCAACGUGUUGGUUGCACAGUCAGAAAUGAAACUUGGAAACUUUGAGUCCUGUGUUGCGAGCUUUGAGAGAGCCUUGACCCACGCCAACCUGCAAGACGACGACUCUGCCACAAAUGCUAUUCAGAAGGCUCUUGAUGAAGCAAAGCAGCACCUACCACAAUGAGGAUGUAUCCAACCGAGACUGAGAGCAGCCUGAAAUAAAGACAGAGGGAAACGAUCAGUGGUUUGAUAUUUUGGUAUGAAACUCAUCUUCCUCACACU